AUGGAACAAACCUUUCAGCGACGCGCACUACCUCUUGUACCGGCCUAUUCUAUUACAGCUCAUAAAAGUCAGGGACAAACUUUAAACAAAGUUGUAAUUGAUUUAAAGCUACCAAAAGAUACAGAUGAUAUCGCUGCAGUCUAUGUACCGUUAUCCAGAGUCAAACGUUUAAGUGAUUUAAUUAUUUUGCGACAUUUCGAUUACAAAGUCUUAGUAACCAAACCCAGCAAAUCUUAA